CCACAAUGAUUGCAAGAGAGCAGUGACAAGACACAGAGAGAGAAACAGAGGAACUGAGCAGAGGUGUUUGAGACGAAUGAAUUGUAGUUUAAUCAUGAUGAAAACUAAUGUGCCACCAGCAUCCCUGUUUGUUUCUGGACGAGAAAGACGGAAUAUAAAAAUGGAGCGUGCAACUACGUAUCACUGCAGCCAGGCUAGGGGCACUCUGGUCUGCGCCACCCUCCAAGCCAGACAGACGGCAGGACGGCCAGACAGCUGCCUCUCCGGCCAGCGAGCAUUAUGGAGGCUCUGUGUGUCCAACCGGUGGAGGAAAAGGGGGUGAUGGCGAAGAGGGAGGAACUGGGAAAAAGCAGGGAGCAGGAUGAAGCGGGAAUGGAGGCCUCGACUUCCACCACAGACGAGGAGACAGAUGACGAUUCAGAACCAGAACCUCCACUGGUUGUUUGCAGGAAGGUGUCAUUCGCGGAUGCAUUUGGCCUCAACUUGGUGUCAGUUAAGGAGUUUGACAACGCUGAGGUGGCAGAGUCAGAGGUCAGCCAGGCCAAUGAGAGGGACGUGGCCCAUUCGUCGGAGGAGUUCUACAUAAGCUGUCUGUUCUCAGUCCCCUCAUCCCAAGAGGAGCUGGACCAGAAGCUGGAGGCUCAGAUGGUGGAGCUGGAGAGCAUCGAGCUUCUCCCUGGAACCACAACUCUCCGUGGCAUCGUCAGGGUGGUCAACCUCUGCUACAGUAAGUGCGUUUUUGCCCGGAUCACUCUGGAUCGCUGGAACAGCUACUUUGACCUGCUGGCAGAGUACGUACCUGGAUCCAGUGACAGAAAGACAGACAGGUUCACCUUCAGGUACACUCUGCUUCCUCCCUUUGAGAGAGACGGAGCCAGAGUGGAGUUCUGUCUCCGGUAUGAAACUUCAACAGGCACAUUCUGGGCGAACAACAGCGAACUUAACUAUGUGCUGUUCUGCCACCAAAAAGGACACAUAAAGGAGCCUCCAAUGCAAGAGGAGAGCAGCGGCUACAAGAGCAAGAGGAGCUGUCUCAAAGCUAACAGGAAUGGAGGUGCAGAGGAAAAGACCAGGGAAACUUGUAGCAUAGCAACAGCUGCUGCAGAGGUAGAAGCAACACAUAAAGCAGAAAAGGCUGACAGAAAGACGGUGAACAGCGUAGAGUCUUUACUAUACGAUGACGAACACAAACCUUUGGUGGAAAGCAUAAAAAGCAGGCACAAAUCAACACGCUUGGCACGUGUGCAGGACCACCUCUCUCAAAGGAAGCAGCAAGCGCGAAAGGUUUCUCCACAUGCCUCUGCUAAUGGCCAGAAAGCGUCUCGGUCUACGCUGGCUCCGUGGGGCGACUCUGCCCGCUUUCUCUAUAAAUGCCAAAAGACUCAACCAAACAAGAGUCCACAGGUCCUCACCUACCAUCAGAUCCCUCUGCUUACUCUUGACUGGAACAAUGACAAACCACAGCAGUUGGGGGCUCCUGAUGUGGAUGACAUCUGGACUGGAACAGCUAAAAUGACCUUGUCAAAGGCGUCAAAAGAGAACACGCCUUGUGGUAAUGAUAUGUGGGAGACCUUUCUUAACGGUGCAGGUAAUACCAAAAAAAAAGAAACCUCUGUAUGCAAUGUAUGGCAGGAUUUUCUUAAUGGCCCAAGCUGCAGGGACCUUUCUGGUGUUCCGGAGUCAGUGUGGUUGCAGACAGCUGCAUCGGUGUCUCCCUCGAAUGAUAAGGAGCCUCAAACCCAAAACGCAGCAAGUAGUCAAGGGUUUCCAGAAUUUCAAGUGGGCACAGAUACACCCACCACCUCAGCUGCAUGUCAGCCGCUGUCUGACACGUUGCUGGCUAACGUCGCCUUGAACGCUGAAGACCACCAGCCAGCCGAGGCACGUGUCGGCAGCCCCAGAGAUGACAACACAGCGACACACGAUGCAUCCCAAAGGUCACAGACAAACUCUGUAAAAGACACUUCGCAGGAAUUUAGCCUCGAGGGGGCACCGCCUGUGUCCGAACACUCUGUUGACAGUACAGCCGAGUGUCGCAAGCAUGUGGUCCGGGAGCGAGAAAGUGCAGGAAUAAUAGGAGGAGCAGAUGGAAGCCGAGGAGAUGAGCCCUUCACAUCGCACACAGCUGACUUAGUAACAAGCUCAGGGGAGUCGGAGACAACAGACAUGACAGCGAUGCCAGAGUCUCCGAAUGCCAGCGCUGGUGAUAGGAUCUCACAGGGAGCAGGGCUGGAUGAGGGUCUUUCUUCCAGCGGGGAAGGGGAGGUUACAGGUACUGCACACAAUGCCAGCGAUGACAUGCUGGCAUUUAGGGAGACAAUCAGACAGGGGACAAAGGAUGGGGCGAGGUAUGUCUAUUCCACAUCCAGACAAGGAGCGGUAGAAAGGAUCACGGCGAAAUAUAGGCAAAAUAAAGAUGAGAAUACAGAAGAGGUGAUAUUUAGGCCGCAGAAAACUGAGUGUGAAAUCUCCCAAAAGUGUGGAGAUGUAAUGCAGUGUGGCAGCCAAAACUGUGGAAAUCCAUUACAGGAAACUGAUGAAAAUGAAAUAAGAUUUGCACAGUCACAUGCAGAUGGAUUUGAUGCAAAGCAAACAUGUGAGGAAAAUUUAGAGGAAAAUAAAAUAAUGGCAUUGGAAUUGAAGGAAGAUGUUCAAGUGUUCGAAGAUAUGGAGGUGGAAACCUGUACAAGCAAAAGACCGGAGAGGAUAACGAGUGCUAGCAUGGAAAUCAUCCACGUGUUCAAUGAGGAAGCUUUACAACCAAAUUCAUCUCGGCAGAUAGAUAACAUGUCAAUAAUUUUGGAAGGAUGUGAUAAACAGUCAAGGCCAAUCCAAGUGGGUGGGGAAGUGCAUGAACCUGAGGGAAGAAGCUCGACUUGUGACAUGAACCCAUCAACUCAGACACCACUGGAAUCCAGGGAAAAGAAACAAGUUUCCCAAAGUGACCACAACACAGGCAGACAUGAUCUAACAGAUAAAUGCAACCCAAACCCCUCGAAGGCAGUCGAACAGAGAUGGACUCACUCACAGGAAGACAUGAAGGGUCAAGAAGAGGACGUAGGAGGCGAAAUAAGCCCAGAAGCAGCGACAGCGAAGGAGAAUGUUGCAACGGAAGACAGUUCAACAGAAUACCAACCAGAGAGAACAGAAGAAGGUAUGAGUCAGGAAGACAAAGACGAGAGGGUGAGUAUUGGAGAGCUGAAAAUAGACGCAAUGAGGGAGCUGAUGGGUAAUGUGGAGAGCCCUUGGGGGGAGAGGAAGAAUGCACCAGCUGGAUUGGAAGAACAAGAGUUGUCAGCAGAAGUUGAGAGCUCUCCACAUGUUGAAUGUGAAAAGCUGUUAGGUAGAACAAAAGAUGCCAUUACACCAGAAUUGGUUGGAUCACUGGAAGCAAUGGAGUCUGUAGAAAGAUUUGGAGAAGACGUGGUCAGAAGGAUUUGGGAAGAGGUGUUUGGUAAAGAAGUAGAGGUCGCUAAUAGAGACGCUAAUGUUGUUGAUGGACUGGGGUGCAGGGUGACGGAUAUUACACAGAAAGACUCCAAUGACGCUUUUGAUUCGGGUGUAUUUUCCUUGACAGACUUACCAACAGAUCUAAAUUUAAGUCUCUGUCAAGGCCAAGAGCAAACCUUAGUGACUAAAGCCAAUGACCUUUCUUCAGAGGUAAGAAGCUAUCCACUUACCACAGUAGAACAAACCCCCUUUCCCUCUAAAUUACAGACAGAUUUGAAUUCAAGUGCUCAUCUCAGUCAAGAUCUAUCCACCACUUCAGCAGCUCCAAGCACUCAGUCAUCCACCAAAUCAGCCCAAGUUCUCGGCUCUCUGAAGGAUCAGGAACACUAUUCUCAAAUAAAAGAAAGAUCAGUCGCUCGUCAGCAGACAGCCAGACAUAUAGAAGACUGUGUAGUCGCCUGCAAUGAGAGUUUUAAUCGCCCAUCUCACAAACAUCCAAGUUCUUCUCCUGAGAAAUUAAAAGAGUCCGAUGGUUUUGUAUGGUGGAGUUUAUUAUACGUCCUCAGUCACAUCACCAGACUUCUAAUCUGCAUCCUGCUAGUCGGUGGAUUCUUUGUCAUUGUUUUCCUGUAUGAUUUCCCAGCCUUCUUUGCUCUCUACGUCUUUUCUGUGUGUUGGUGGUUUUACAAGUGGAAGAGACACCAGGUGACGACGAAAAAGGCGAUGGGGAGAUGAGCUGAUUGAGGAGUGCUGUGUGUAGCAUCAGUGCCUUAUUGUGAAAUGAACUGUAACAUCCUCAUACUGUAUAUUCAACCUGCUGAGACCAUAAUUGGAAUGAUUAGUAGCUGGUAAAACACUUCAAAUAAACAAAAUGCCACACACAGUGCUAAAAAUGUGUGUGUUUGGUUGUGCAUUCUAUUUAUGAUUGUAUUUUCCACAUCUUAAGUGAAUUAGUGCAAUGGUUCCCAAUGUUUUUGCCGUUUGAAAGCUCAUCUAGGCACUGCAUUUGUCUACCAGUUCAAUCAAAACGUGUUCUUUGGUUUAAUUUGCUUCAUUUGAAUACAUACUAGAGGGAAAAUGAUACGGUAAUUUGGAGGAAAAAAUGAAAAAAUUAGAGGGAAAAUGGUUUAUCAGAGUAAUGUUUUUCCAUUAUGUCUUCUGGCCUUUUAAAAUUGUCGUGGAAAUUGGUUUUGUUUUGCUAAUAAAAUUCACCAUUUAGAAAAUGACACAUUAAAAAUUAAGUGAAAGUACAGCUGAAGCAAAGUUGAAGUAUUUUUAUUUCAAUCAUAUGAUUAUUCACCUGUUGUUGAAUGUCUUUGUUAACACAGACUUGGCGUUAAUGUUUAUGUGUAUGAUGUGUGUACAUUUGCCGUGUCUUCUGGGCCCAAUAACACAUUACCUAAAGGAACAAAGUGACUUUCCUUGAUUUUCUUCAAUAAAAAGAAAUUCAGGUGACUGAAGAAA